UUGUUUUUGGCUUUUUCUCUUUUACUGACCAAAGAUUUGAGGAAGGUUAUGUACGAACUCCACGUUCUCUUCAUCUAGGUAAGGCUGUCUUGGAAUCCUUCUGUAUUUUAAACUAUCAAAAGAUUCAAACCAAUUUUUAGAAAAGAAAGAACAGAAAAGAGACGAGCAGUAUCCAGCACUGGAGCUUUCUGUGUUCAGGAACUCAGCACUAAAACUGGAGAUGUUAAAAUGAUGAAACCCUCCCUCCCUCCAGAGCAGUGCACAGCAGCCAUGACAUCUCCUCUGGUCCUCUUUGGAAGGUACGUUGCAGCCUGCUGCUGAACUGUUAUGACAUGUCUCUAGCAAUCAGAAAGAAAAGCUGGGAAGAGCAUGUGACCCAGUGGAUGGGAUUGGCUUUGGAGUCUGUGGAGUAUAAUACAGCAUGUCGUCACGGACUUGUAGCUGCUAACUUGCAGACAAGUAUGGAACAAGAUGAGGUUCUGAGUGCGGACCGGAAAGAAAAGUGCGCUUCGUUUCCAGAGUGCUGUUAUAGUGGAGAGCUGAUUGGCUUCCCUGCGAAGCAGCUGGGAAACGUUUCAAAGGAGGUGGAUGAAAACGAUAACCACGAGGAAGAGGAGUGUUUUCUGGAGGCCAGCACAGAAACACUAGUCCAUGUAUCUGGUGACGAUGAUGAUUAUUCAGCACUAAACCUGGAUAGUGCUAAUUACCACACCACUGCUGUAGGAAGGGAACCAAAAGCUGAAGAGGAGAGUUUAAAUGGAGCAGGCUCCUUAACACAGAUGUUACCAAUAACACAGUGUAACAAGGCAGCUGAAGCAUGUGGAGUAAUUGGAGAUACAAGUAAGGAAGCUGGCUGUGACACAAUUCCUAAAGAGGAGGUGGAAGAUUAUGACAUUUGUGGCAGUAUUGGCCAAAGUCCAGAUCUUUGUAAUUGUGAAGGCUUAAAUGAAGUAGUAGAUGUAGAGGAAGAAAAUUGCUCUAAUUCUCCAAAUGUGAAAGAAAUUAUUGUGCCUGGGAAGCAGCUGCUUCAUACUGCUGUAAUUGCACAACGGUGCUGGAAAUCCAAUGCUUUUAAAGAUGGGCUAGGAAAGUCUGAGUGUAAUGUGGUAGAGAGUGGGAUUUUUUCUGAAUCAUGCACCAGCAGUGACAGACAACUGUGCUCAGCAGUGGAAUCCAGCGACUGCCUUAUGCAAUCUUCUCCUUGCUCUCACAUCCCAGCAGUGGAAAAUGGUCUGGAUGAAUGUGGUUUCACAGAACCUCAAGUGGCCCCUGAAAACGAAUGCCUUUCAAAUGUCAGUUCAGCAGAAGACAUCCAGUGUUUACAUGUAAGGAAUCAUUUGACCACACAAGAAUAUUCAGACAGUCAAGUGAAGCUGCGCAAAAGAAAGGAAAUAACAGAAGAUCGGGAUCGAUCACGACUGGACUCAAUGGUGCUGUUAAUUAUGAAACUGGACCAGCUUGACCAGGAUAUUGAAAAUGCUCUCAGUGCAGGCUCUUCCCCAUCCAGCACCCCGACAUACAAACGGAGGCAUAUACCUGAUGUUGAAUCUGGUUCUGAGAGUGGAGUGGAUGUUGCUUCAGUAAGUCAUUCACAAACAAACUUGUCUCCUAACAUCCAUGCUCCUGAUGUAGCAUCUCCCUGUUUAGUAGCCAGCUCUGGAGCUAAACCGAAGACUGGGGUUUCUCUACUAAUACUUGAGGAGAUCUUAACACCUGGCUUUGCAGAGGUGGGGUUCACUUCCUUUGGACUUAGACAUUGA